UUCAAGUUUCAGUUGCUCAAAAUACGUCAAAUCGUGCGUUCAUUACUUUGAUUAACGCGGAUCGAAACCAUUCACUACCGAACAUAACGGAUGUAAACAAUACUGUUUGUUUAAGAAUAUUAUUUUUGUUUAUGAAAACGAGCGAGAAUAAUUUCGCAAAUAAAGUUUAAAAAAAACACAUUGCACUUAGGAAUGACAUCUUGGACUUAAAAACUCCCAUUGAAGUAUCUCGAUCAGCAACACAACUCAUGAAAGUCACAUGACCAAGAAGAUGGCUUUCAACAAAUCAAGACGUCAGCAUAUUUUAAGCUAUGCUUUCCUUUUAUACAUCACAUUUUCACAAACAUUGGCGCAGGCGCCAAGUGGCCUAACGGUUUCAACGCACGACAUCACUGUCCUAAUUAAUAAAACUGAAACAUUUGAUGUUAUUAUAAGAGAUCCAUUUACACAAGAUUUUAAUAUAAAACUAAAAAAGCAACAUGAUAAUUCAGUCAAUUUGGAUCCCAUGGAAUUCAGCGUCGGUGCUGGCAGCAAUAAAAGUCAAACCGUUGUUAUACAUGGUCUUAAACCGGGAAACUUGGAAAUAACCGCAGAAAGUGAACCCAAUGAGACAUGGGUUGUUGAAGAUGUUUUCGUACGCGUUACUGUGGCCAAUUCCGAGGCAAUUAUUUAUACAUCUCUGGUAUUUGGUUGGAUUUAUUUUGUGGCCUGGUCGAUAUCGUUUUAUCCACAAAUCUAUACGAAUUUCCGACGAAAAUCUGUUGUGGGCUUAAAUUUUGACUUCAUUGCAUUGAAUAUUGUCGGCUUUACACUGUAUUCGAUAUUCAAUUGUGGCCUUUAUUGGAUUCCUGAAAUUCAAGGUGAAUAUUUUCAGAGGCAUCCACGCGGCCUUAAUCCGGUAAUGUUGAAUGAUGUCGUUUUCUCCUUGCAUGCCAUGUUUGCCACAUGCAUUACCAUAUACCAGUGUUUUGUAUAUGAGCGUGGAGAACAGCGAAUUUCCCGAGUGGCAACCGGACUUUUAAGCUUGUUUGCUGUAUUUGUAAUCAUUAGUGCCGGUUUGGCUGCUGGAAAUGUUAUCCAUUGGUUGGAUUUCCUGUACUAUUGCAGUUAUGUUAAGCUGACAAUAACUAUUAUCAAAUAUGUUCCUCAGGCUCUCAUGAAUUAUCGCCGUAAGUCAACGGUCGGUUGGAGUAUUGGUAAUGUUCUAUUAGAUUUUACCGGUGGUGUCCUGAGUAUGUUGCAAAUGAUACUUAAUGCCUAUAAUUAUGAUGAUUGGGUAUCCAUUUUUGGAGAUCCCACCAAAUUUGGUUUGGGUCUAUUUUCAGUACUGUUCGAUGUAUUCUUUAUGUUGCAGCAUUACGUAUUUUAUAGGCAUUCCAUUGACAUUUCAAAAUCAAAUGAAACCGUGGAGUCUGUGGUUGGAACAGCCUCCUCCGACCCAAAGGAUUCCAAAAUAUCUGUAAUCGAUCAAAAUGCAGCUUAAAUUUUAAAUUAUCGUUAGAAUUUAUUUUGUUUUGGGGUUUAUUUCUUCACAUUCCAUGUUAUGUCGUUAUUUUUAGGUAAAUAUGUAUUUAAUUGUAAUAAUUAAACAAUAUAUGUAAUAGUAUAUGUGCUUACUAUUUUACUUAGUUCCGUUUGUAAAUUAUUUUUAAUUUAUGAUAAUUUAUGAUUGUGCAUAUAUUUUAAAUGAACAAAAAUAUAUAUUUAAAAUAA